AUGACAAGUCAAAAAAUUGGAGUGCUACUGUUGAUUGCGUUGACGAUCGGAACAAUUGUAAGUACCAAUCCGUUUGCAAAGUCGAUGUGGCGAUUUCUGCGUCAUUUUUCGAAGAAAAAAAUUGCAUAUUUUUAUAUUUUUUUUGUUUUUUUUUACAAAAAAUUAAAAAAUAUCAAAAAAUAAAAAAAUAAAAAAUUUCGGUUUUUCACAUUUUUUACAUUUUUUUAGAAUGCCGAAAGAUACCACAUUCGAGCCCACCGCUCCGCCAAGGACCCACCGGCCGAUAUUUUGGUCAGACAUAAGGAAGUUGAGGAGCUGAAACCUCAAGGCGCACCAACUCAGCACCGAGUGAAGAGAGAUGAAGAAGUUGGUAGGGCCUUUAAAAAAAAUAUUUUUUUUGCAAAAAAAAACAUUUUCUUUUGGGCGAAAAAUAUAAAAUCUGGCUUCGGAUAGGGCGUGCUAAGAAAGCUGACUCUAUAUAUAUGUAUUUUAUCAGUCUGUCGGGUAAAUAAUGGGCACAAUGUCGCAAUGAAAGUCGAGGAAUCUGACAGGGGAAGUACCCCAAGUGCGACGUUCAGAUUUUGAUGAAACUUGGCACAAAUUUAGAACAAUUUUUUCUAAGAUAUAUGCGAGAAUUCUAGCUCGCGCUUUGCAGAAACAACCGAGAUUUUUAGAUCGAAAGUCUGCCAAAAUUUAGGACUUUUUGACGAAUUUUGGCACGAAAAGUUUCAUGCCUAUUUCUACCGUAAAGGAUAAUGUUUCUACAAAAAAUCAAAUUUUUCCGCACGAAGCUGCCAAAGUUAUAGCCAAAAAGCGUUUUUCUCUCUGACCGCUCUCCACGUUUAGCGUUCUCUCUCGGCGGUCGAAAUCGUUCGAUAUCUCGGCGACGCCCGCAAAGCGCGAGCUAAAACUUCCAGGAAUUGAUAUUUAGUCCAUACCCGACGUGUGUGCAAAUUUUGAAGAAAAUCUGAGCGUCGCACUUGGAGUACUUCCCCUGUGAAAUCGCGGCAAAAUCCAGUUGCCUUUUUCCUAAAAAAAUCAAAUCGCGACCGGCGCAGCAGAAGUGUUGCCGAAGAAACCACCAAGGGAAAUUAUUUUUGUUACGCUCCCUUCAUUUUUUCUACUCUUCCUAUUGUAAAUUUCACAUUCGAAAAGGUGAUGCAACUCUUUCUGAAAAGUUCUUUGAAUUGGCUUGUCUCCAGACAAAAGUCACGUUAUAUGAAAAGCCAUAUUCAACGAGAAAAUUGAUAACAAUGCGAUCAGUUUGGGUUGUCAGUUUGAACUAGAGGUCUCGAAAAUGUUUUCCCGUAAGUGUAUAGUCGAAAUGUUUGCGUAAAAAUCUUCAGCGCGGCUGAUCAGGCUAAAAAAGUUGUCAGCGGCCGUUUUGCGUACCUAGGUCUAUACUAUACCGGAUAGUACAGUUGUUGGAGUGUUUAGGAAAAUGCGAAAUGUCGGUGGCCAAAAAUUCACUUAUUCUGUUGAGAUUUGAAAACAUGCGAGGAAAUUUUUUUUCUCUGCGGAAUUCAUAGCAAAGACUUCAAUUUUUAUUACUUUACUAACUUGUCGAGCCACGCAUCAUUCUGUUGGGAAUGCUUUUUCGCAGCUAAAUGCAAAUCGCAGCGGCUGUCGCAAAGCGAUGAUGGGCGAUUCCAAGGCGCGACAAAUCCACAUUAUCAGUCUGUCGGGAGAAUCACAGCGGGUUGUCGUGCCUUGGAAUCGCCCAUCUCCUAAGCAUGGCUGCAAACCGGGCCAACCCGGCCCGGCCCGGCGCGGGCCGCAGGCCCGGGCUUAAAUCUCCAAACCCGGCCCGGGCCCGGGCUUGGGAAGUUUGGAAAGCCCGGCCCGGUUCGGCCCGGAAAAUUUUAUACUAGGUUGGACAGAAAGAAAGCGGGAAACGAAAAGAAAAUGAUGGCAAAUUUUCGCAAGAUGUAUAGAAAAAUUUAGCAAAACCUAGGUACAUAAGCUCACUUUACGUUCGCUAUAAGCAUUGUGUUCGAAAAAAUGAAAAAUCCUAUCGUAAAAGCUUAUUUUUUCCUUUUUUCCGGGCAAAAUUCAAAUUUCAAAAAAACCGGGCCGGCCCGGCCCGGGCCUGAAAAUCGAAGCCCGGAGCCGGGCCGAGAAAUUAGUCGGCCCGGCCCGGGCCGGAAAUUUUUGCAAAGCCCGGCCCGGAGCCAUGCCUACCAUCUCCGCUAUGCGGCGGCAAGCCGCUGCUGCCCGACUGCAUCCUUUUUUUCAUCUUUUCUUCAACGGGGCGACAAAUUUCGCUGCGACGAUCCGCCGUUAUUUUCCCGACAGACUGAUAUUUUCCUGACAGAAUGGCGGUGCUCUGAUAGAGUAUCUGGUGUGAUUUUAGUCGUUUGCAUGCAAAAAAUAUCAGAUGGCGAACGACAGUCCAAUAAAGUCUAUUGUAUGGUGCAAAAAACAUAAAUUGCACAGUGCCAAAACGAACCUUUGUUUUCUCACAGUGCAUGCCGCCAAAAUCACUCUAGCGACUUUAGACCGGUAAAUAUACAUCAGGGAAUCCAGGGAUAUCUUUUCAUAACAGGCUCGAACAAUAAGCCUCUCAAAAUUUGUCGUAUUUUUUAAAAAAACAACUUUUAGCUGAAAAAGUUAAACAACCUUUGCAUUUUCAGGCCAAGGAAUCGACAAGGUAGAGGAGGGCGCCGCAAAAGUUGGUUCCGGCAUUGGAGAAGGCGCCAGCAAAGCCGCGGACAAGAUCGGCGACGGCGCGAGCAAGGCCGGCGACAAGAUUGGCGAAGGCGCCACCAAAGCCGAGGAUGCCGCUGGAGAAAUCGGUCAGGGAAUCAAGGACAAAGCCUCUGAAGUCGGGCAAGGAAUCGAGAAGAAGGGAUCUGAAGUUGGCCAAGGAAUUGAAAACAAAGGAGCUGAAGUUGGCCAAGGAAUCAAAAAAGAGGCCACUGAGAUUGGAGAAGGCGCCAAAAAAGCCGAAGAUGCGGCUGAAGACAAAGUCGGACAGAUCGGGCAAGACCUGAAAAAGACUGCUUCGGAUAUUGGCCAAGCUGUUGGGGACAAAGCCAGCGAGGCCAAGGAGAAAGCCAAGGAAGUUGGGCAAGGAAUCUCGAACAAAGCCGCCGAAAUCGGCGAAGGCGCGAAAAAAGUGGCGGCCGGCGCCGUGGACCAAGCCAACGAGCUGACCGAUGCGGUUGGCCAAAAAGUCGGCGAAGCCAAGGAGAAGGCCAAGGAGAUCGGACAGGCCGUCGCGACUAAGGCCACAGAGAUUGGCGAGGGCGCCAAGACCGCCGCUUCCGACGCCGCCAGCACCAUGGGACAGGCGGCUGUGAAUGCGAAGGACGCGGUGAAGGAGAAGGCCUCGGACGUGGGCCAGGGCAUCAGCAAUGCCGCCGGAAAAGUGAAACAGGCCGUUGUGGACACGGCCGAGAACGUGAGACAUGCUGCGGCGGCCGCCGGCGACGCUUUGGGCAAGAAGUUGGAGGAGGCGGGAGUUAAGGUCCAAGAAGCCGUCAAGAGCUCCGAAUCCGGUGAAUCCAAGGAAUCCGCCGAAACCACAGAGGCUCCCAAAGCAUAA